GUUUUGCUCGUUCUUUCCUCUGAGUGCGUGACAAACGCUCCCGGGUGUUUGGUUUUCAGGCGCUGGUGUUUUUCUUUUUCUCAGACUUGUCGCCACAGUUUGUUUUCUUUGCGGUGUGAACUUGUUCUACCUGCUGCUGCUGCUGCAGACUCAGUGGACUAUUGUCUCGUUAGAGGACACUUUAACCAAGUGGCGCCGAACUUUGUCCAAACUUUAUUUCCACGUGAGGUGAUGAGAAAAACACCUGUUGCACCUGUUGACAGUCCUCUGAGCUCCCUGUGUCCACUUAUACACACUUUAAUCAUGCCAUUUUAUUAAUAAUAUUUUAAAAAAAGAAGGAUUACAAGAAGGAGGCUGAAGUUUUGAUUCCAGGAGAGAAGAUGGAGUUGACAGUUGGACAGAGGACAACGUGUCUCGCUCUGCUUUUUCUAUAUGUUUCGUGUGUGCAGAGUGACUUUGUGGAGCCUCUCCAGCCUCGCACCUCGCAGCGCUCCCUGACAGAGAGUCAGACCAGGCUUCCCUGUCGCUACCAGGCCAAGGAGGGCGAGAAGGUGGUGCAGGUCACCUGGUACAAGGAGCUCGCAGGUGGUGCCAAGGAACAGAUCAUCACGGCCCACUUUACAGACGGCCACACAGAGUUCGGACGUUACUCGGGUCGUGUGAGGUUCGAGAGCAUCAGCCCCACGGAGAACUCGGCGCUGCUCAUCCCCAGCACGGAGACGUCGGACGAGGGCAGCUACACCUGCCACAUCUCCACCUUCCCCAAUGGAAACUUCGACAGACACAUCACCCUCACUGUCUGGACGUUACCCAUCUCCACCCUGGAUCCGGUCGUCCUGGUGGAGGGUCAGUCGUUCCGCGUGGCUGCCUCCUGUCGAGCAGUGGGUCGCCCGCUUCCCCGUCUCUCCUGGGACACGGACCUGUCGGGCCAGACCCAGAACCGUACCAGCGAGGGCGGCGCGGUCUCCACCUACUACUCCCUGCAUCCGUUGCGCAUCAUGAACGGGAAGAAGCUGGACUGUUUGGUGUGGCAUCCAAGUCUGGAGGGGCCGCACAGGAUCUCAAACCGCCUGGUGGUUCAGUAUCCUCCAGACACGUCCAUCUCCGCUGCGUCAGAAAAGUGGUACGUGGGUUUCGAGAACGCUGAGCUGGCGUGUGACAGCGGAGGACACCCCAGACCUCCCAACGUCACCUGGACAUGGGGAGGAGGAGCUCUGCCAGAUGGAGUGUCUGUGGUGGGAGAAAAGCUCAUCUUUGGACGGCCCCUCCGCCUGAAUGACUCCGGGGUCUUCGAGUGUGUGGCCAAGAACAAAGUGGGACUAGGAAGAGCCGAGUAUACACUGAUGGUCACAGGGAAGUCUAAACAAAUCCAAAACUUUUUUGAAGACAACCUGCUGCUGAUUGUCAUCGGCGCCUCGGCCGUAGCUCUGGUCAUGAUCCUGGUCAUUGCCGUCCUGCUGGUCAACCGCCACCAUCGCCACAGAAAUAAAAGGCUCGAGAAGGAGCUCAGCGAAAAAACGAAUGAAAUUGACACCCUCUCCAGACAGGCCUCCUUCAGGAGACUGAACUCUGUUAGCACAGACCCCAGAGUGCAGUCUGAAGAUUACGCUCUGCUGAGAGUCGACAGCAGAAUGAAAAACAGCCAAAUGUCUCUGGAGCGACCCAUCUAUAAAGGCAGCCAGUCCACUCUGGGUGGGAAGUGGAGUCCUCCUGGAGGCGUGGAGGUGGACGAGCUGGGACGUCCGGUCGUCUGGCACGACGGCAGAGAGAGUCUGAGAGAGACGGAGAUGGACGGGGAGAAGGAGGAGCGCAGGAGGAGAGUGGAGUCGUACCUGAAGAGCAGCAACAUGUCACUGGACUCGGGUCUUCCUUCAUCCCUGCUUCCCCUGAAGGUCCAGCAGGAGGAUGGUGUGGGACCCAGAGAACCAGAUCUUGGCCAUCUCAGGGAGGGAGACUCCCCACGUGAGGAGGACUGGGUCCCCGUCCCAUCGGAGGCGGGAGGACGCGAGGACGACGGCGGCAGCAGCUCCUUCGAGAUCUCGGAGGCGCUCACUAAUCACUUCUACUACAGUAAAGGAGUCCUCAGACCCAGGCCACACCCCAAUGCCAUUCUGCUGCAUCCCAGAACACAGAUGAUCUAGACCAAGACUCUCAUUCUCUACAUGUGAACAGAGAGUCAGAGACGGCGAUCUCACUCUCUGUCUUUGUUUAUUUUAUGUUUUUAUAUGUUUUUGUUGGCGUUUUUAUGCCUUUGUCAGAUACAUGCACUGAUGAUGGCGACAGCGAUGGUGAAUGACUUAAGAGUGAAGAUCGAUACAUCCAUCGGAAACUAACGGGAAAGAUUUUGAUCCUUAUCAUCACCUGCAGAUACGGCGGCUUUUAAUUUACCUCCACAACAGCGAUGUUUAAAUGAAAACUCGUCAACUCCUUGAAUAUACAAGGAAUCAAGGUCCCUGUUACACAGUGUUUACUGUACGGGCGUGUCCUCAGCUGCCAUUAGAGGACGCCAUGUUUACAUUUUAAAUUUUGUUUUCUAAUUCUCGCAGGGCAGCAAUGACGCUGGCGAUUUGUAAGCUUUAAGACCCGCUCAACUGGACUCGGAACUGUGACAUUUUCAGUUUGGAUGCACAUGUGGACGACAAGUGUAUGUAUAUAUACACACAGUACACGAGGAAGCAAAACAGAGGUACUGUAUGCUUACUGGAAAAAAAGGAUGACGGAUAAAACAUAUGGAACUACCUUCUAUGACCAGGUUUAAAUUAUAUACAUUAACUGUAAGGAAAGAGGAAACAUGCAGGAGAUGAACUGUGAACACAUCACGUCUCUGCAGAUUUUUGUAUAUCAUUGUGUGUUUUCUAUGAAACUAAAAAAAAAACCCUGAUAUGUAAAUGUUUAUUCAUAAAAGUACAGCACAUGUCAUUUUAAAUAACAAAGUUAUUCGUUUAAAGGGACUAUUAAACUUGUUUCACCUCAUGUGAGGUUAAAGGGCA